CUUCAGCACUUGGCCGCUGAGGGCCAUGAGGCAUAAACGCGAGUAUUCUUAUUUCCUCUCUGCCGGUAACUAGAUACACAACAACAAAAUAAGUUUAGGUUAAAUGAAAUAAAUCAGUAAACGAAACAUGACGCGGCACGCGAGAAAUUGUACUGCUGGUGCUGUUUAUACUUAUCACGAAAAAAGAAAAGAUGCAGCAGCUUCAGGUUAUGGUACAAAUACACAAAGAGUGGGAAAAGAUUCGGUUAAGGAUUUUGACUGCUGUUGUCUCACAUUACAACCUUGCAGAAAUCCUGUCAUAACAAAGGAUGGUUAUUUGUUUGACAAAGAAGCAAUACUGGAAUAUGUCUUAACCAAAAAGAAAGAAUACGCAAGGAAAUUGAAGGAGUAUGAAAAACAAAAACAACAAGAAGAGGAGCAAUCUAAUGAAAAAAGCGCUAACGAAGAACUACAGAAAUUACAGAAAUUUUUAAAGGGAGAGAAGAAUAUUGUUUCUCGAAGUCAAAUUGCAGCCAAAGAAUCUGGCUCUUCGGUUUCUAAUAUGAGUAAUGGUAAAGAUAAAAUGUUACCAAGUUUUUGGAUUCCAUCUAAGACACCAGAGGCGAAAGAAACUAUAUUGCAAAAGCCAGAUAAGACGAUAUACUGUCCUCUUAGUGGAAAACCAUUGAAAAUAAAAGAUCUUAUUCCUGUAAAAUUUACUGAAGUAAAAGAUCCGGAUGACAAAAAGUCUCUUAUUGUUAAGCAAGCAAGAUAUAUGUGUCCAAUUACACAUGAUAUCUUAAGUAACAGUGUACCAUGUGCAGUUAUAAGGACAACCGGCGAUGUGGUUACAAUGGAGUGCGUAGAAAAAAUUAUUAGGAAGGAUUGGAUCAAUCCUUUAGAUAGUACAGAAUUGACUGAAGCAGAUAUUAUACCUCUUCAAAGGGGUGGUACUGGAUAUUCGGCUGUUAAUGAUGGCUUAGAAGGCAAACACGAAAGACCAGUGUUACAAGCAUAAAGUAUAUUUUUAGAUAUAAAAUUUUUAAUAUAUUGAACUAGUAAAAUAAAGAAUUAAUAAAAUUAAAA